UUUAGGCACCUUCUUCAUAAAUUUUAUUUAGAUAUCACUUUUAUGAAUAAUAACAAUAAUAACAACAAUAAUUCAUCAUCUGGAACAAGCGGAGUUAGAAUUACUAGAAGAAGUGCACGUAACUGGAUAACUUUGGUAUCUAAAGAAGCAUCUACACCAAAAUCAUCAAAAAAAGGUUUUUUUAUUUUAGACAAUUUUUUUCUUUUGUUUUUUUUUCUAGAAGUUACUGGUAUUGCAAGUAAAUACCUGACUGGAGUAGAGGACGAAGCUGUUGUGAAAAAACUUUCUGCAAAGCGUGAAAAAGAAGCCCACGAACGUGCCCUCGCAUUUAUUCAAAACCAACUUUUAAUAACAAGAAGAGAUAAUUGGCUAUACGAACCAGUCGAAGAAUUAAUUGGGUAUUCCUCUAAAUUUUAAGGA